AUGCGAAGUGGUCGCCGGUUUGCACUGCUUUCUACAAGCUGCAUCCGGACAUCCGCCCCGUCCCAAGAAAUCUGCGAAGAGAUGCCAGCCGUUCCGUCAUGUGUUGCCCAGUGGGCGUCUUCGACGUGGAGGACGUGCCCAAGUUGGGGAAGCGGGCGGUGGUCCGGAAUGCGCGGGCCUGCACCACCUGCCGCGAGUGCCUGGAGAGCUUUCCGGGGCAGGAGAAGGGCCUGGUGCUUGGCAAGGCCAAGAACCACUUCAUCUUCUCCAUCGAGAGCGUAG